CCCAUGCCUCAUUGCAUACCAAACCUUCUUCCCCAAAAUCUCCAGCCACAACCAGAAGAAAGAGGCACCAGUCUGCUCAACCUAUACAUUUUUAGAGAGAGAAGCUGCAAAGGGUGUGUUAGAGAGAGAUGGAGAUGUGCAUGGAUGACAAGUGGAAGCUCACCAAGAAGGGCAGCCGAAGGUUGGAGGAGGGCCGGGCUUCGAGAGGCCCAUCCCGGUCUGUGCCAGGGCGGCUGGCGAGCCUGGUGAAGGAGCAAAGGGCCAGGUUCUACAUCAUGCGUCGCUGCGUCACCAUGCUCGUCUGCUGGCGGGACUAGUGAUCGAUCUCUUAGAGCUACGGGCCUAAACGGGUCGGGCUGGCUGAUGCAUCAAGAGGUCGCCUUGCCUAGUAACAAAUUUAUUCGUUUAGUGAUGAUGUUUGUUCUUUCUUUUUUUCUGAGAAAGAGAGCGAUGUGCCUUUUCAGUGGCCAUCCUGUGGUAGAUAGUUGUUAAUUUGUGUGGAAAGAAUUAAAUAGCUUACGUUAGCUGUUUGAGCCAUCCAUACAGAAAUGUAAACUGUGACAAGUGUCUCUUUGAAAGACUAAUACAUUCCAUGGUUUCUAAAUCAAAUUCUCUACAGUACCUACAGUACAGUAGUCUGUUCAAUUUUUUCCACUAAAUUUCUCCAUCUCAAGGAGGCACAAGAAAUGUGUUUGUGUAUGUUAUGUCUGUAAUUACUUUUAGGCAUUGUAUUGCAAGUUCCCGGACAGUUUGCUCACCCGCACAAAUAACCCUGCAGUUUGCUCAGUUUGCACGAAAUUCAUCUGAAAUGUUCAUGUAGGAUUCGCACUUUAUAAGCGCUAGUGCCUUGCCAAGUCGACACGUGGCUCUCCUCCUCCGAAUUCAGAAGUCCACUACUCCUGGACCCACCCGUCAAUGCCAUGCCGUGGGCCCCACGCGGCAGCGAUGUGGUCCCCACCUCGCCGCGCGUGGUCUACUGCCGCCGUUUCUGCGGCGGCCAUCGCCUUCCUCGAUUCCUCCUCUCGCUAGGGUUUGCGGGAGAGCGCCGCGGCGGAGUUGAGGAGAAAUGGAGAUCGACGGAAGCGGAGACGAGUCAGCGGCGGCGGCGGCGGCGGCGACGAGCACUGACCCCGGCCGCGGCAGGAAGAGGCCGCCUUCCCCCUCAACUCCGACUCCGAGCGACGACGGGGAGGACUCCGACGACGGCUGGGCGGUGAGCGACAGCGGCAGCGAGGAGGAGGAGGAGGAAUACGACGACGAGGAGGAGCAGGAAGGGAUGCACCGCCCAUUUACUGUUGAUGAUUUUCCAAGGCUUAGUAGUGACCAUUCUGUGCAGACUGAUGCACUCUAUGAUAUUCCACAUCUUCGUCUUCGAGGCCCUUCACCACUCAGUCUUUUCCGUGCAUUCAAUGAUCCUCUCACUGACAAACGCAUGCAUUGGUUUGGUUCUUUUUACUUCCAUACUUAUCUUUUGGCAUGUUUGACAUUUAGUCAUUAUUUUUGUAAGUUUGGAUAUUUCGGUAUGGCAUGUUUACCAUUGACUAGCCCUGCUCGAGGUAUUUGCAUUACAAGCCGUGCACUGUUUGAAUUCCAACUCUGUAUUCGGACUGAAGACUCACCUGAGGCUGAGGAUGAGCCCAUAGGUGAAACAUUGAUUGAAAGAUGCACUGAAUUCACCAACAUUUUAAGAUCAGCAUCAUUCACCAAAACUGUUCGUCUGUAUGGUGAGAAGUGUGGAUUGGAUGUGAAGUUUGCUCUGCUGGUAAAUGCAGUUCAAGCAACAGUUGAUGUUGAGAUUAUACAUUCACCUGCUUGUGGCCUUAAUUUGAAGUUAUAUGCCAAAACCAGUGGCUUCAGCGAUGUGAUCCGUCUCUUCCGAGGUGUUGCACAAUCUGGUCGCAGAAUUAGAUCUCUUGUGGCGGUGGUACGACGUAGUCACCUUGAUCUUUGUAUCGAAGGGUCUCCAGCAGAUAUCGGUCUUGGUGAGAAGCUGCCCUGUGUAAGGUGGGAGCACAAAUUUGGUGCUGGUUUUCAUAGAACUGCAGAUGAAGUGGUGAAGCUUGGUGAUUUUACCACAAUUUCUGUGAAAGUUACAUGGAAAGCUGUCGACAAGCAUCCGCCGCCGAAGGGAUAGAGGAGCUUCUAUAUGCAAUGUAAAAAUUGGAAGAUGUUAUGUGUUUGGCAUCUUUUUGUGCGCUAUCUCGACACCUAUAGAGUUAUACUCUUAACAUGCUUGACUUCGAGCUGCCUAAGUGUCAGGGACAAAUUUGUCAGAGUAAUGUAGAACUUUUUGAAACGUAUAUGUUAGCAAGGCUAGUGAUCUCUUAGGGUGGCCAUGGAUCUGUCAAUAGAACUUUGGACCCUGCUGCUCGCAGCCGACUAACAGAUUUAUCUGUUUACUGAUGAUAUGGUUCCUUUUGUAGAUAGUAGCCAAUUUGUGUGGAAAGAAAAAACUUCCAUUAGCUGUUUGAUCCAUCCAUACUGAAAUGUAAACAGUGACAAUGUCUUUGUGAAAGACUGAUAGAAUUUUUAUGGUUUCUGAAUGAAACGUUGUAAAGUAGAUGACAUUCUUGCUGCCUUGUGAAGAGACCGCCGUUGUGUUUCUGAA